AUGAUUAAGAUGAUUCCGAAACAAACCGUGUACAACAACGAGCACAAGAAUAACGGGAAGGGACUGAUGGCUGUGUCAGCAACGCCAGGCUCAUUUGCGGGGUUCUCUGAACAACAAUGUGGUGGAUCUGCAGGUUAUGUUGAGCAACAUCGAAGAUGUGGAUCCGGGGGUAGUGAGCAACAUCGAAGUGGUGGAUCCGGGGGAAAUGGUCACUAUCAUGGUGUCACAAGGCUUGGUAAGGUAGACUUUCCUCGCUUUGAUGGUGAACGAGUUACGGAAUGGUUGGGUAAGGUAGAAGAUUUUUUCUUGUUAGAUGGAACCCCUUGUGAGUCUAAGGCUAGGAUGGCUUCUAUGCAUUUUGAUAGCCAUGCCCCUACUUGGCAUCACUCUGUGGUUCAAAAACCUUUUGGUAGGAGCGUUUUGAAUGAUUGGGGCUCUUAUAAGCUCCUGUUAAAAGAAUGUUUUGAAGAUGUGAUGGAUGAUCCGAUUGCAGAUCUUAAGAAGUUGCAGGAAACGGAUGGAAUAGUAGAUUACCAUCAGAAGUUUGAGUUGAUCAAGACUAGAGUUUCACUCUCUGAAGAAUACUUGUCGGUGAGACAGUGUUUGGUGUUGGGCCGCUUGUACGAGAAGGCUCAUCCACAUUACAAGGGAAGUACUGGAGGAGGGUACCAGUCAAAGACAUCCUACAACGGUUCAACCUCGAGGAAUCAGGCAGUCACCAGGAAAGAGAGCGUAUCUGAAACACCUAAGCAAGGAUUUCAAGCUCCGGCUAACAGAAAGUUUUUAUCUCAGGAGGAAAUGAGUGAAAGAAGGGCUAAGGGGUUGUGUUUCAUCUGUGAUGAGAAAUACACACCUGAUCAUUAUUUGAAACAUAAGAAGUCGCAGGUAUUCAUGAUUGAGGUAGAGGAUGAUGAGGAGGAAGGAAGUGAGGACAACAGUCAAGCUGUUGUGGAGGAGGAAAAGGACACUCCUCGAGUGUCAAUCAGUGCAGUGUCAAGGGUAUCGGACUAUAGAACUAUGAAGGUCAAAGGAUUUCAUAAGAAACAGGUGCUAUUUAUUCUUUUGGAUUCAGGCUCGACUCACAAUUUUAUGGAUCCUAGUACUGCAAAAAUGUUAGGAGUUAAUGUGCAAUCUGCUGGAGUUACUCGAGUGUCUGUUGCGGAUGGAAGCAAACUAGGUGUGCAAGGUCGUGUUCAGCAGUUUCAGUGGUCAUUCCAAGGUACUCCGUUUCAAGAUGACUUUAUGUUGAUUCCUUUGGGGGGUUGUGACAUGGUUCUCGGAGUACAAUGGUUGGCACUGUUAGGAGACAUUACAUGGAAUUUACAAAAGCUGGAGAUGGGGUUCUGGUGGAAGAGUCAGAAGAUACUAUUACAUGGAAUCAAACAAGGAGCAGUUCGCACAAUGAAGGCAACAAAAUUCAACAAACACCAGGAAGACACGGUACAAAUUUCAAUGAUUUGUGCUCAACAAGUGGUGCAGCAGGAAGACGCCAUGUUGUGUGCUGUGGAGCUGAGCCAGCGAGUAAAUGCAGAGAACUCUGCAAUACUGCAGUUACAAAAAGACUACUCAUAUAUUUUUGAGGAACCUACCACACUCCCUCCUUUCCGAAACGGGCACAAUCACAAAAUCACACUCAAAGCAAGUGCUGAUCCCGUGAACCAGCGUCCAUACCGAUAUGCUACUUAUCAGAAGGAUGAGAUAGAAAAGAUAGUAAAGGAGUUGCUAACUACAUGA